GCAUGUGAUUGUUUUUCAUUGCGUUCACGCUUGUAUGUGUGCUGCAUGGUUUACCAUCCGGGCUUCGAGCUCAUACUGAAACUGGUGGCGGUCAGGUGCAACUAGAGGUUCAGGGUGUUGUUGCCUGGUUGUUUUUGGACUUUUGUUGCUUGUAAUAAUUGUGCAACACCACCAAGAAGGGCAGGACGCGAGGUGGCGAGCACAUGUUCCUACGUCACAGACAACACCCCCGGCCGGCCCACUGACGUAAACCGACCAGCUCUUCAGGUCACCCUGCAGCUCGGCCCACUCCACCGCUGACAGCUCCGCUAGGCUGGUAGAGCUACACUUGGAUGCACGGCAGCACACUGGGAUCAUAAAAAACGGCGCUCUGUUCUUUCUUUCCAUUUUAACAGAGGUGCAAUACGAAUAUGGUGGCUGUUUGAAAAAAAAAAAAAGAGAGAGAGAGAAGGAUGGCACAGAAAGACACGCUACUGCAUCUGUUCGCUGGGGGAUGUAGUGGUACGAUGGGAGCCAUCGUGACCUGCCCCCUGGAGGUGUUGAAGACACGGUUGCAGUCCUCCGGCGUCACGCUAAGACCCGUCUUCCAGGUCCAGCUCGGCGCCCUAAGUGGCACCGGGGUUAUCCGACCGGGGACUGUUACACCUGGGCUGCUGCAGGUCCUACGAUCAAUCCUUGAAAAAGAGGGACCAAGAUCACUUUUCCGUGGCCUGGGGCCAAACCUCGUUGGCGUCGCCCCCUCAAGAGCCAUUUACUUUGCUGCAUACUCGAAAUCCAAAGAGAUGUUCAAUGGGCUGUUUGUCCCUAACAGUGGUCUGGUGCACAUGUCCUCUGCUGGUGUUGCAGCUUUUGUUACCAACUCUCUGAUGAACCCCAUCUGGAUGGUGAAGACCAGGAUGCAGCUGGAGAAAAAAGCCCGAGGAGAGAAGAAGAUGAAUGCACUGCAGUGUGCUCGCUAUGUUUACAGAAUGGAAGGGGUUCGAGGCUUCUACAGAGGCCUGACUGCAUCUUAUGCUGGGAUCUCAGAGACCAUGAUCUGCUUCCUCAUCUACGAGACACUGAAGAAAAACCUCGCCAAGAGCCAGUUCAACUCCCUGAAUGGUGAAAAUGAGAAAAGACCUUCGGACUUCCUCAGUCUGAUGUUGGCAGCUGCUGUUUCAAAGGGCUGUGCGUCCUGCAUAGCCUACCCACACGAGGUCAUUCGGACGAGGCUGCGUGAGGAGGGCAGCAAGUACAAGUAUUUCUUCCAGACAGGGAGGUUAAUAGCAGUGGAGGAAGGCUAUGCAGCUUUUUAUAGAGGACUCGUUCCACAGCUAAUUAGACAAAUCCCUAACACAGCCAUCGUCCUCUCCACAUAUGAACUCAUUGUCCACCUGCUGGGAGACUCCAAGUAAAGAAAUGCUUCAAAGUCAGGAUUUUCCUGACAAACGAUGGACACCACAGAAAACCCAAGACACACUGGGCAACAGACUUUUGAAAAUGUAGCACAUACAUUCACUUAAUGUGGUGCAACAGAGACUGUACCGUGGAACUGAAGCAGGUUUUACUGUUAUCCAAAGAGCUAAAUGCAUUAUUUUAUUUAAAGCUUGUCGUUAGGAGUUUAUCACAAUAACUCAAGCAGUGGUACUUUUAUUAAACUCCAAAAUCUGUGAAAAAGGUCAUCUUCUUGGAGGAUUUGUGUAAUAAUUUAUUUUCUGUUUUGUUAUUUUAUGACAGUGUUUGUUUUCUUUUAUCAGUGGUAAGUGUACCAACACACACAGAUGACUGCAGGUUGCCUCAUUUAGAUAAUGAUGGGUUAGUGCUGUUCCUUGCAAUGUAAUGACCACACAGAUCAUUUUGAGAUUUCUGUUUCACAAUGUGCUGGUAUUGAAGAUUUGAAUUACAGAGAGGUUUAUCAUAUUUUCAUUAAUAUAUAUGAUUACAGGCUUAUCUGUUUGUUUGUUUCCUUUGUGAAAAAGAAUGUCACCUUUUACAAUAUAAUGAGAACUCAGAUGCUUAUUUGA